CAUCCGUUACCGUCACUUCCGUUCCACGCCUGUCAAACAUGGCGCUGCUUCUAAGGACAUUUGCCCGUCAGGGUGUCUGUCUCUCCAGACCACAGUUCAGCGUGCUCUACAGACAUGCUGCUCCCAUGGGAACCACAGCUAAGGAUGAGAUGAACAAGUUUUGGGCCAAAAAUGCCAGAUUAGACCGGCCCAUGUCUCCCCAUAUCACCAUCUACAAAUGGUCCGUCCCCAUGAUGAUGUCCAUCACACACAGAGGAACAGGCGUGGGGCUCAGUGGAGCUAUCUCUGCUUUUGCGCUGGCAGCACUGGUAUUACCGGGAAAUUACCCAUACUACCUGGACUUGAUCCACUCGCUGUCUGUCGGCCCCUUUCUCAUUGGGUUGGCCAAGUUCGGCAUCUCCUUUCCCGUAUCUUUCCACACCUAUAACGGCAUCCGCCACUUGUGGUGGGACAUUGGAAAGGGCUUCAAAAUCCCAGAGGUCUACCGCACCGGCUACACAGUUAUUGGUCUGUCCAUCAUCACCUCCAUAGCCGUGGCUUUCCUCUGAGGCGCAGGAGGACACGAGAUGAGCAGAGAGGAGGGAGUUGAAGGGAACGUGGACUGUGGGAGUUUUGUGUAUAUGUUCUGUUCUGGCCUACUGCAGGCCCCAUUUCAUCAAAGUAUUAAAUAAAGAAUUAUAUUAUGCUGUCCGCAGAA